CAGACACUCUCUCUGCUGUUGAGAAAUACUGAAAACCUCUGCUAGUGUUUGUGUUCAGCCUUCCUCCUAUAAAAUCUCAGCCGAAAAAGAGAAGCUCUUCAUCUGGAUCCAAAACCUCAAGAUCCAAACAUGAGACAGGUCAUCAUUUUACUGGCUGUGUUGUGGGUCUGUGAUGGCGUGAAGUUUGGUCAGCUCUGUAAUGGAAACCCAACCAAUAGAAGGAGGACAUCAGAUCCCUUUGGCCAAGGAAACUAUGGAGCGAGUCGGGGAGGCAGACUCCACAAAGGUCUGGACAUCGUAUGCAGCGAUGGAUCGACCGUCUACGCUCCAUUUGAUGUGACACUACACGGAAAAGUCACAGUCUACACCGACCCCAACAAGUCCGCCAUCAAUAAUGGCAUCAACCUAAGUGGAGCAGGUCUCUGCUUCAAGCUGUUCUACGUCAGACCAGACAAAACCUCCGGAUCACUGAAGAAGGGUGAAAAGAUCGGAACCAUGUUGCCCAUGCAGACAGUUUACCCUGGAAUCACCUCGCACAUCCACGUCCAGAUGUGUGACAAGAGCAACCCCACUGGGUACUUCUGAGCUUUUUUGACAAGGACCCGAAUCAGUUAAUAACAACCUGAUUUGGCUCUCAACGACCUUAUUCAGCAAUUAAAGGCCUGAUCUCACUUGUGAAGUGAGAUCCAGCACUGAGAAACUUAUGUAACAACAUUUUCUGUUUUUGUUUAUGUAGAACAAAUACUUUGCUGUUGAAUUAUGAUUUGGUUUCAUUCAUUAAACGAUGAAUUACAAGGAA